AUGGCAAAAUCUUGUGCUUUAAAUCUAGCACCCAUCCAGCUCUUGAAAGACCUUGAGGCGCAAAAGGCCAACAAGAAAAGAGAGCUCGAGGUCACCGACGCUGACGACCAACAGGAGAGGAACAGAAGAAACAAGAAGCAAGUACACUGGGAUUUGCCUCCGAUGCCGCCGUCUCCUUCUCCUUAUUCUUCCUCCUCCAAUGUCCAUUCGGACUUGGCCCCGUCUUCAACUCGGCACAAGCUCGUGGAGCCUGAUGUCCCAGAUGCGCACCAUGGUAAACCUCCCUGCAAACGGCGAGAGUUACCACGCUCUGGGUCUGCAGAGGUGGCCUUCACCCAGGCGGCAUUUCACUAUUCGGGCUCUCCUUGCUAUUGUAGUCCUGCCACCGCCUCAUGGAUACCCAAAUUACCAUUGUUCGAAAUGCCAUGGCUCUUGUCGGGCUCUCCACAGGUUCCAGCGUUGGCCGAGCUAAUCGAUCGCUCGGAAGUCACCCAACCGGCCUCUCAUGGUAACGGGUGGAUCAAUUCACUUAAACUGCCUCCAAUCCGCUGGCAAGGCCCAGAAAAUCCUCAAGGCGCGACUGCCACCGGAAACAAGUCGAUCGAGCACAAUGACACCGAAUUUCGCGCUGAGGAUGUCGCUUCAGGACGGCCUGAGCCGGAUGCCAAUACCUCAGUUCCCGUGCGGGACUCUGGGACAGCGGACGCGCUGCCCAUCAGCCAUCUGCUUAACCAAGGUUCGGAGCACAGUACUCCGCCAUACACCUCCUACGUGAGGGACAACAUGGUGCCACAAGACUCCGCGCCAAUUGCAGUCAGGCCCGUACCGGUCUCCGACAUGUCCUUCUGCCGCCAGGUUGACCAAGGUGCGGCAUACAGCUAUGCUCCCCCUUCACCUGCCUACCCUGUUGGGGGAUACACUCCACCAAACUCGGCGGUCGGGCCAUCUCCCGUCAUGCCUACCCCCGGCCUCGCCCCUACUGUCACCAGCCGUCCAGUUGAACAAAGCACGACCUACGGCUAUCCUCCUCCUCCGCCGCCUCGUGCAGAGAAAUCUAUCUCGAUAGAGGUACCACCAUGCCACCAAGCCACCGUUGCUGCUAUUGUUGCAUGGCCUACGCUGCCUAACGACCAGUCUUACAUAUGUCCAGUCCAAGAAGCACCGCAUCCCUUCAAUUGGCAGUAUGGCACCAGCUGGGCGCCAUGGCCCGUUUCCCUCUGA